ACCGGUUCACAAGUUUGAUAGUAAUAAAAAAAUCAAUUCGAAAUUAGGGAAAGCUUCAGUUCAGUCGACUUCUCCGAUUGAGCAGUUUCAGUCGACAUCUUCGAUUUUCCAUUCUCUUCGAUGACAGUGAAGGCGGUGAGCAGGGGGUGACGGCAAGCCGGAUUCUGAAAGAGUUCGACGGCGAGUGCGACGCUGGGUAAAGGAAGAAGUAGGGUGUUGCAUCUCUUCGUCGAUUGUGAUUCGCGGAAAAGGGGAUUGAGCUCGUCGAUUGCAUAGACUGGGAUUUUGUCGACGGCAACGGAGGCAAUAGCCCCAUUUCCACCUUCGAAUUGUUUCUCCCUAGAAAGGUGGCUCUUAUUCUUCAAAGCUCUUCUUCUCCAGUCCAUCCAACCUUAGCCCAGUGCCCGCCAUCAUUAGCUUCAAGCUCACCCGCCUUGGCUUUACUGUGCUUGAAGGUUUUCACCGACGGCAACAGAGGCAAUAGGCCCAUUGCCAGUUUUAUUGUCGGAGGAGCUCGAUCGUUUGAGCCCCAUUGUCAGUUACCGCAGCCCCCUUGCAUCUCCGCCAUUGGUUGCUGUCGUCGUUACAGGUCGACCUAGGUUCGCGAAAUAAGCAGAGGGGGAAAAACCAAAGUAGAAAGAGAUGUUCUUUCUGAGUCUGAUAGAGCACAAACUGCGUUUUCCACCUGCUGAUCUAUCGCUUCCUCUCCAUAAAGGCAUCAAGAAAUUUCUUGAUGGUAUCUUCUUGGAUAGGGUUAUCUUGAACUUGGGACGCUGUGUGUCCAUCUAUGACAUUAGAAAUAUAUAUGGCGGCUUCAUUCAUGCCGGAGAAGGUGCUCCAACCUACACUUAUCGCGUGGAUUCCUUGAUGAUAUCUAUGUGCCAGCUCAUCAGCUUCCCCAACCAUGCCAUCAAAUUCCAGAUCCUGAUCGCAGAUUUAAAGUCAGAUGGAUAUGGGAAUACGACAUCGAAGAUACAUGAAACCCAGAACAGUAUAACAUCGACGGCUUGGAUUGCAUUAUUAGCACCACAAACUUACUAGGAAAUCUAUAUGCAAGUUUACAUUGUCUUUACCAUACUGCUCCCCUCACUGUCCUGUUAGGUGGUUCCGAGUUCUGAAUGUGAGCUUCCCACCACUUCCAAUUGAGCAUCGAGAGAAGCCUUUUGCUCUGAUGCUUGUUACUGUAAGCCAGCCUACAAAGCCAUGCUAACCAGAUCUUGCUAUAUUUGAUGUUCUUUAUGGUGUUCUUCUUACAAGGUAUGUCUUGAUGUGGGUGACUUGUGUCUUGAUGCCAGGGAUCCAUAUCUGAAUGUGGUUUGGGGCCGGUUUCAUGGUGGUGAUAGAAAAGGGUUCAGAACUUGAAGAAACUAAGGAUUUUUUGCAAUGACAUUAUCAUAAAAGCACUGGGGAAUUCAGCUUUGAGGGAGGACAAUAGAAGUGUUAGAGAGUAUAAUGUUUUUGGGACUUUAGAGUAUGGUCCAGAGUCGUUUGUAUCUAGGUUGCCUUUGCAGGAAGAUUGGAUGGCCUAGCCUAAUGUCAUCGGAAUGUUCCAAGUAGAAACUGCAUAAAAAACUUAGAGAAUGCUAGCUCUAUUCCUACUUAAGUCAUGACAUGUUGUUACAAUUUGUAAGCAAUCUAUGCUAUGAAACAGCCACAUUUUACGGGUAUGAGAUUUUCAACUCCAAGCCCGUGAUAAUGACUAGGAUUUAGCGAGUAACAUGUACAAAAAAUUUACUUCAAGUUAAUUUUAAUAUUUACGAAUUUUAUGUGAUGGUCA